AUGGCGACGACAACAGAUACAGAUUUACUGAAGUCUCUGCUCGCGAAGGGCCCCCCUAAGUCACUCGGAAGCAGCAGGGAGCUGACGCUGGCACUUGGGGACCUCUAUAUCGCUUCAACGACUCUCAAGGCGAAGCCGCUGCUGGUCUGGGAGACGGAAUCUGGCUAUCCUCGUUACUACAUCCCGUUCGAUUCGUUGCACCAGGAUAUCAAGGCAGCUUUUGCAACGGGCUUCUCAGAAGGAGGUCCAGAUGUAAAGCUGGAAGUCGUGAACAAUGUGAAGGGCGAAAAUGAUGCUGAAGCUGUCAUUGAGCGGCUCUCCAUUGGCUCGAAGUCGACGACGUGGGUGAGAUUUACCGGAGGACCGCUCAAGGACUUGAUCAGGUUCGAGCGCCAGGAGAUCGAUGAAUGGUUCGAGAACGGCGCGCUGUUCGUCGGGAUCAAGAACCCGUACAAACGCAUCGACACCAAACCUGUAGCGAGACAUGUCAUCGUCAAGAUUGACGGGGAAGUCGUCGCCGAGACGACCGUUGCAGUACUUCUUUCUGAGACGGGUCUCAAGGAGGCAUACUAUUUGCCCGCGACCAGCAUCAAAAGCUGGGACAUGGUUGAGAAGAGUAGUUGGAGGACUGCUUGUCCGUACAAAGGAGAGGCCUGGUACCUCAACAUCACCGUUGAUGGAAAGAAGAAAGAGGACAGCAUUUGGUACUAUCCCUACCCAACCCACGAGAGCGCCGGCAUCGAGGGCUUCAUCAGUUUCUACAAUAAAGAAGGCACGGAUAUUAUAGUAGACGGCGUCAAGGUGUGA